AUGUGCUCCCGCCAGGACAGGGACCAGUGCCACAGCCAGGAGCGCUACACCCGCCAGAGCAGCGGUGGAUGUCACAGCAGCGGUGGCGGUGGCUGCCAUAGCUCCGGCGGUGGUGGUGGAUGCCAUAGCUCCGGCGGCGGUGGCGGCUGUCACAGCUCCGGCGGCGGUGGUGGCUGUCACAGCUCCGGCGGUGGUGGCGGCUGUCACAGCUCCGGUGGUGGCGGCUGCCACAGCUCCGGUGGGUCCAGCUGCCACAGGACGCCACAGAUGCAGGUCCCGCAGCAGCAGCAGCAGCAACAGCAGCAGAUCCACCAGCUGCCCUCGCAGAAGAUGAAGUGA